AUGACCGAGCAGGAUACCGGUUCAAUACCGCAGACCAGUUUAUUGCAAAAAGUUGAGGCAUUAAAUUAUCAUAAUUAUCAAUUGCUCAUCAACCCAAAACAUAAACAAUCGGAUACCAUCAAACAUUUUAAAGAUCAGAAUAUCUUUCCAAUAUCUAGAUCGUCAUUGAAUAGAUGGAUUUCAAAUGAAGCAAAUAUAAGAGAAGAAUGUUUGAAAUUAUCAGAUAAAACGAAAGGUAAAACCAAAACUCGUAGGCCGCAUAAUCCAACUACUGGAAGAUUAUUGAAGUUUUUUGAGAAUGACAAAGUAAUGAAAUGUUUAAAGGUUUAUUAUCUACAACAUUUGUUAGUACAACCAGAUAUUGUUCCACUGGAGAGAGAAUUAUGCACUAUUUAUAAAGAGAUUAAGCAAUUAUUUGAUGCCAAGGACUUGGGAAAUGACGCAUUACUUGAUGUGUCUUCAUGGCCCCAUACUUUCAUGCAAUUCUUGGAACCACAAGUUGAAUCAAUUAAGCAAAAUUUAACGCAGCAGACAGAAAUUCAAAAGAAAUCGAAGAGUCUUCUGGCAGAAAGAAAUAGACUUAGAAAUACUCUUCGAGAAUAUAAAACGAGUGAAAUAUAUCAAUUCAACGAAUUAUUAUUCGAUAUCAAUAAUUUGUAUGAUUUGACUGAUUUCAACAAUGACAAAAUAUAUACCAAUCCUGUGGAUAACGUUAACCUUACUGGUGACAUGCGAACAAAUAAAACAAUCAGCUUGGGUAUAUGUUGUAAUAUGGAUGGGAGUGAUUUCAUUGAACCGUUGUUAAUUUCAAACUUGACCAAUAGCAAAAAUAUGUAUAAAAAUAACUCAACAAACGAAUAUUACUAUAACCCUGAAGGUUUAAAUACAAGAGAAAUAUUUAGAGAUUUCUUAACAACCUGGAAUACCAAACUAUCAAUCGAGAGAAAGAAAAUCGCUCUAGUGCUCGACACAUAUUUAUGCCAUUAUGGCUUAUUAUACGAGUUUUCAAAUAUUGAAUUUGUAUUUCUUAAUUCAAAGUUUGACAAGACAACAUCCUACUAUCAUAGAACUCAAUUGAAGCUACCAUUUUCAUUUGGACUCGAAAGAUUGAUAAAGUACAAAUUGAAGUUAAGCUUAUUUAAAAAGUUCUAUAAAAGAAACAUACCCUUGACUCGCUUCGAUGGAAUUGAUGUAAUCAACAAUGUCAAAACGAAUUACAGUUUAAUUAUUGAGGCAUUCAAAUGUGAAAAAUAUAAACGCUUUUUGCAGCUAGGCGUAACAGCUUCCAGGAUUAUUGAUGAAAUUGAAAAUGCAGGUGAAUUUGAAAAGGAAGAUUUACCUAGUCAAGUUACAGACGGAAAUAUUCAUAUCAAUGGUAAAAAAAUAUCACAAGCUAAGGAGAAAGAUAAGCCAUUGAAUAAAUUAUCUAACUACAUUAAUUCUAUUAUACCUGAAAAAUACAGCUCUAUUCACUUUUCCGAAAUUCAUAAAGUGUUAAUUUUCAAGGAUGAAGAAAAGCAAUUGUUGAAUUUUGUUAAAAAUAUAACGAAAUCAAUAGUUGAAUCAAAUCCAGGGGAAGAGUUUAACUACCGUCAAUUACAACAAAACAUAUUACACGAAUUUACCACUGGUCACAACGAAAAGAAAUACAACCAACCAUAUUCUUUAAAUGGUAUUGUGGCUCAUGUCAAGCUUGAUUUAGAGCAUCAAGUACUACUCAAAUCGUUAUACGAUGCGAAGACUCUGUCUUCUGAUUUUAAACAGGAAUUAAGAAUCGACAAUUUUUUACUAAACACCGUCCAGCCAUUCCUAUCCAAAUUUUCACACAGACCACUUCUAGACCAUACCGCUACAACCCAAUUGCAUAUAGGCGAUCUUAUUAAUAUUUCACCUGAGACAAUGAAUCUUUUCAAUCAAUUUUACAUAUCCUAUGUUAACGAUACUACAAUAAUCAAGCCAAAACUUAAUCCCUCAAAGAGGCAAUUAAACCUCAAUGAAUCGGAAAAAAAGCGAUUUAAACUGAGAGAACUCAUAAGUGAUGAUAGUGAUGAUAGUGGAAAUGAACUGGAUUCUAAUUUGCAGCAAAGAAAAAAUUCUGUUAUCUCUAAUUAUUCUCUCAAUUCUCUGUCUUCGCGUUACCGAGAUAACUUUUCUGAUUCUGAUUAA